GAUUGAGUCCGCCUGGUAAGGUAAGAUGGCGGAUGGUGCUAUUAGGUGCUGAGGAGACCGGACAGAAGAGGCAGACGGGGGGAAUGCUGGAUAGCGGGCGGUGGCUGCCCAUGUUCUGCCUGGCCAGGCAUCGUCAUCCCCCAAGUACUGGACGCAAAUGAGAAUGGAAGACAUGUCUCUGUCUGGCCUGGAUAACAGUAAACUGGAGGCUCUUGCUCAUGACAUAUACACUGACCUGGUGGAGGACACGUGUCUCGGGCUGAGUUUUGAGGUUCACAGAGCUGUUAAGUGCGGAUACUUCUUACUGGACGAGACAGACCCUGAAAGUAUGAAGGAUUUUGAAAUCAUAGACCAGCCGGGUGUAGACAUCUUUGGCCAGGUCUAUAAUCAGUGGAAGAGCAAAGAGUGUGUGUGUCCCAACUGUAAUCGCAGUAUAGCAGCCUCCCGCUUUGCCCCCCACCUUGAGAAAUGUUUAGGCAUGGGGCGGAACAGCAGCCGCAUUGCUAAUCGAAGGAUUGCAAGCAGUAAUAAUAUGAAUAAGUCGGAGAGUGACCAGGAAGACAAUGACGAUGUCAAUGAUAAUGACUGGUCAUAUGGAGCAGAGAAGAAAGGUGCGUUUAGUCAAUCUGGAGCUAAGAAGAGAAAAUCAGAAAAGAAUCCAAACUCUCCGCGGAGAUCAAAAUCUAUAAAACACAAAAAUGGGGACCUCUCCGUAAACACAGACCCGUUUAAGCAGUACAGUAGCAGUUCAGGAAUUAGUUAUGAAAAUCUGGGUCCAGAGGAGUUACAUACCCUGCUAACCACGCAAUGUGGUGUAAUAUCCGAGCAUACCAAGAAGAUGUGUACGAGGUCUCUACGCUGCCCCCAACAUACUGACGAUCAGCGGAGGUCAGUCCGGGUUUACCUCCUCGGAUCUUCAGCCUCUCUCCCGGAGCCUGAUGGCAGUACGGAUAAUGACAGUUUUGAUGUGGUGGAAGGACAGGCGUUGAUGGGUCGAUUGCCGUGGGAUGGAUCCUCUGAUAUCUCUCCAUCCGAUUCUGUCUCCUCCAAAGCGAGUACAAAUAACUCCGAUACACGGAAACCCAAAAAGAAAAAGCCAAGUCACAUCAACAUGAGUAGUGCAGGGGGAGCCAGCAAAAAGAAGAAACCCAAAGCCCCUGCACCAUUAACGCCAGGAAUGUACAGUGAACUCAACUGAGAGCAAGAGACGUUGUGUCAUGGAUCCAAUGGCUCUGAGCCUGUGUCUACAUGGGCUGUUACCUCUGCCUGCUUAGCCCACUGGCUGCAAAUGGUUAAUACCAGGCUCAUCCUCCUCUCCCUCCCGUGAUAAACCCACUACUGUGAAAAAACCCGAAACAUGUCCUAUGUCAAAGGAAAAAAAACGAUGCCUUCUAUCAGGCAACGUCCUCCUUCCCACCACUUGUGGUGUCUGCGUGCUGCCAUGUUCUGUAUGCUGCAUCUGUGCUGCCAGUGAUGUCAGAACUAUAAUGGGUGGAGUUUGUUUGGGGGGGGGGGGGGGGGCGGGACCACAGAACGAACGGGAGGUUAUAAUGGAGUCCUUCGCUGAGACUAAAAGUGUUAGACCCCUGCUGCUGAGGUCGAAUGGAGAUUUGGGGUCUUUCAGCAGAUAACUGGACUGUGUAACACAACGGGACUCCAGUUUCCCCGUGCUAAAACUCUCAUCUCUGGAACAUUCUGGAAUGCGAGACCUAAAACUUGAAGAUUUUCACAAAAAAAAAAAAAAAUCAUGCAAGAAAAAAACUAAACAAA